AACCCAACUGACUGAUUGUAUUGACUGAAAAAAAAUAAAUUAUUUGAAAUUUUUUUCUCGGGCCGAGCGGUCAUGUCGCGGAUAGAGUAAUCACCAGCCAGCCAGCAGGAAUUCACUUCAGCGACAGGAUGUGGAAGUCGUAGUAACACGAACGGAACGGAACGGAAGGAACUAGUGGAAAUGACUAGCUAAUUAAUUAGCUAAGUAGGCAGAGAAUACAAGAGUUCAGAGAUUGGUUGAAAUUUUAUAGCGGCCAAGGCUUUAAAUAUGACAUCAUACGCAAAUAAUGAUACAACGACAUCGUCAUCCACAACAACAUCAGGAGGAGGAGGAGGAGCAGCUGCAGCAACUACAAGUCCCGAAGCAUCGGGGGCCGGGGGCGUGGCCACUGCAGCAGACCCAUCCAAAGCCAAGGGCCGUGACAACUUGUCAAUUGGGAGGACAGUAUACGGGGAGGAGGAUGAUGGACGCGAAAAGGCCGACACUACGCCGGAGAAUAUCAAGAAAAUAGUGGAGAUAAUGGAAGGAGCCGAAGGCAGUACCUCCCCAAUAUCACCCUCUCUCUCUCCGCGGCACGUGCAGCUCCGACAUCCGGUGAAUCCUGGCUUUGUGGGUCUGGGGGCUGCCAUCGAUGAGUCCAGUGGCAAGUUCUGUCUUGGCAAGCCGCCACCAUCACCGGCCGAAAGAGCGGCUUCAGUGCAAAGUCGAACGAACCACCACGCCACUGGCAAUAAAUCUUCACCAGCGGUGGAGCGGGAACGGGAACGGGAUGAUGAGGAGAACUCGAGCGAGUCGAAUACCACAACGACGGCCACCAAACAGGCACUGGCCUUCACCAUUGAUCAUUUCGAUGCCUCGGAGAACGAUGCAGCGGCUCAGGCGGCGCGCUACAAGAAUAUGAUGGAACGCUUCCAGAAUCGUCACAAGCGCGGCGCCUCCAUGUCCAAGCUGGAGACGGACAAGGACAAUACCACAACUACUACCAAUACCACCUCAAAUAGUGGCCGGCAUUCGCAGCGGAGCAGCCUGGACGCGGGCAGCAGCAUGGCGGAUGACAUCUCAUCGCUGACAGCCGCCACACCCAACAGUGAACAGGCACCGCCGACGGCGGUGAAGAUGCGGGUCAGGGAUCGUAGUGCGUCCCGAGUGCGUGACGCCUCCAAGCGUCACAGUUGGUCGCCCAGGAGCUCGGCCAACGGUCCAGAGCCACCAACGGCUCCGGCCGCCGCCGCUGCACGUCCCGCCAGCCGUUCCAAGCUCCCACCUCCGCCAGCGGCGGCCAAGGGUACCUCCAAUUUGGUGGCCAAUCGCACAGCCAACCAGUUCACGCCACGCUCCACCGCCAUGCAGCUGGCCCUGCGCCAGGUGGAGAUGCUCUGUCCGCAACCCCCGCUGGCGGACGGCAAGUCGCUGGCCGAAAACGACGCGGUGAGCGAAGCGGGCACCUACACCCUCGACGGGGACAACUACACGGAGGAACAGAAAGAUCUCAUGAACAUCGACAGGAAUGGCAAGGAAGCGGCCGCCAAGCUGCGACCCAAACAGCUGCCGGUAAAGGCCAAUCGGGGCAGUAACGUCCUGGAGGUGAACUAUUACCAUGAAACGCCGCUGCAGGAGCAGAAGCCACAGCAACUGCCGCCACAAAGGAGCUCCACAGGUGCCUAUUUGGAUCAGUUGAAGAGUCGCGUGCUACGCCAACAGGUGCCCCCAUCGCCACCUACCCCCCCGUCGCCGGCGGCGGAUGUGGGCUGCUUCACCAGUGUCACCACCAGCGGCGUGUUGGCCAAGCAGCGCGCCUUGGACACUCAUCCCAAGCUCACCCGUCACUCGCACAGCCUGUCCACCUCGCAGAUCGACAGCUCGGAGUACGUCAGCAACGAGGCCAAGUUGCGGCACACCCAAGCCCUGGCUGGUUCGGCCACCGAUCGCCAGAAGGCCGAGUAUCGCCUGAAUGUGUUCACCACCAGCACCAGUCAGCCCGCCGGCCACCAUCAGCUCCCCGAGACUCCGACCACGCCGACUCAGGGCUCGGAAGCGGCCCUGCUGCAGACGGCUCAGACCAAGCAGGACUGGAUUCAGGAGUGGGCCCGGAAUGCUCGAGCCCGCAGCUUGGCCCAGGAUGUAAGCGGCACGAGUGCCAGUCGCCGGAAACAGCAGCAGCAGCAACAACAACAUCAGCAAGUACAGCAACUUAUGACACGCAGCUACAACUGCUCCGAUACUGGUGGCGAUUCCUUGACGGACGACAGCCUCAGCCUGUACAACCAGCAGCGCCAGUACGCCGCCGCUGCCAAGCUGAAUCGUAGCCUAGCGGAGCGGUACCGACUGAUGGGCGACUGCGACUACGCCAGCGAUCCGGCGCUGUGCAGCCACGGUGGUCAGGUGAUGGAACCACCCUACAAGCCGCCGAAGAGUCCGAGCAAGAUACCUUCGCCGCUGCACACGCUGGGUCGUGCGCGCAGUGCCAGUCGCUCGCGUCCACCGACAGACGUCUAUUUGGAACAGACGGCGGCGGCCAUCAGUAAUCUCCAGCAGUCGCUUUCGCGUCGGAGCUCAGUCAAGUCCCCGGCCCAGGGAAGUCCACAGCACAGCCUGGAGUCGACUGGCAUGGGGGCAGGAGCAGGCGGUGGCUAUCGGCGGUCGCCACUUCAUCGGGCGCUCAUGACCAGCAGCAUCAACGAGGCGCAGCUGCAGUUGCUCACCAGCGGCGAGUAUCUGCUGAAGCAGUUGCGGCGCCGCAAGAACUCGCUGGAGUACGAUCCCGGCCAGGAAGUGGAGCAGCCGGAACCAGUUGCCGCCCCCUUGUCGCCGCUGCGUCGAUCGAGCAGUUUCCAACAGCAACAGGGCCAGCAUCCCGUGCGCCAGGCUCGUCCUAAUUUCCAGAACCUCUAUACACCGCCUGCUGCCCGCCACGCCCACGCCCUGAGCACCGCCCACCAGCAGCAGCAGCAGCAACUGAAGAAGUCCGCCAGCAGCAACAACUUUGAGCAAGCCUACAGCGACUACGACAAUGAGCUGCAGUACUACAUCAACGAUGAGGAUGAGAUGGGCACCUCGGGCGCCUACUACUCCAGCAACGAGGAGGAAGAGGAGGUGCCGGAGGAGUCGCAGGGAUCAGUGCCGUUGAGCAACACGCGCAUGAACAAGGCGCUGCUGAUGAGGAUCGAGAGGAGCAAGCAGCGUGUGGCCGGAGGACAUACACCGGCAAAGCCGACUUCCGCCCCGGCGGGAAAGCUCAGUGUGGCCCAGCAGAGUGGAGCCGGUGUGGUGGCCUGUCCGAACACCCCGGAAAUGCCGCGUCGUGGCAUCAAGAGUGCUCCGAGAGCAGCGGCACCCGGAUCCGGUAAUCGCAACACCCGCCAGUCCAUGCCCAGGGAGACGAGUCUCAGUCGGUUGGCCCAGCAGGUGCCCAGUUCGCUGGCCAAUGCCAAGAAGCAGCUUCUGCAAACCGCCAAUGCCGGCGUAGCCUCUAACCAGCGGGUGCAACCCAAGUACUUGGACAUAUCCAAGUACAAGCCAGUGCAGUCAAACAAUUUUCUGCGCAAGAACGACUCCAAGAGCACGUUGAAGCCAUCUGAUCCGAUGAAGCGCAGUCCCAGUGCCUCCUCGAUGGGCUUGUCUCGAGGCGAUGGAACUAGGGCCAGUAACAGGAGUGUCCGAAGUACCGUCUCGGCGAUGAACACCAGUACUACGUCCUUGGGAGGCGGUAAUCCAGGUGCCAGGGCCUCAUCCUCAGUGCGACGAGAUGCUUCCGUCAACAAGCAGAAAGAAGCCGAGAUGGCCAUGUGGAAGCGUCGCUCUACCUACGAUCCCAUGAAGGCAGCUGCCGAGGAUCGGCGCAAGAAAGAGGAGGCUCGUCGGGCCCAGAACCAGACCCAGCGACAGAUCAACGAUGAAGGGGCCGAUGAAGUGCCUUUCGAGAGUGUGCUGCGCCCGGCCAACAACUUGACUAUCACCGGCGGGGGAAUCGGCUACAGUCCCCGAAACUCCAUGGAAAACGACGCCUGGACGCUUGGUGAGUCCUCCGAGUUUGGUGAAUAUCCAGACGACUACGAUGAGAACGAGGAGGCGGAGCCGGAUGUCGACGAGGAGGAGCUCGACUAUGUGGGCCAGGAGUCUGACGAGGUUUUCGAGGCUGAACCCGGCGAGUCUGAGAUCCAAGCCGUCGAGUAGGUCGUCGGUGAAACAACAUAACACAAAACCAGCAACAGUGAUAUACAAAUUCGAUAUAUACAUAACUCUCUAUAUAUAUAAUUAUAUAUAUGUAUAACAUAUUGUAUUAGCGAUGGAUAAUGCAAAAUAGGACUAACCUUACCCUGAUUUAAUGAGAAAACGAUUCAUCACUAGAGUUAAAGCUGAGAUCGGCUUAUUCGUCUAAUUUAUAUGAAGUUUAUAAUUUGAAUACCGAAAAUCAUCGAAUAAUCUAAUAAAAUGGAAUUGCUUUGUGGAGAAAAAAAUAUUUAAAAGUUAUAAUUUGUUCAAAA